AUGGAACCACAGAAUCUAACAGGCAUCUCAGAAUUCCUCCUCCUUGGUUUUUCUGAGGAUCUAAAACUGCAGUCCCUUCUAUUUGGGUUGUUCCUGUCCAUGUACCUGAUCACUGUGACUGGGAACCUGUUCAUCAUCCUGGCUGUCAGCUCUGACCACCACCUCCACACACCCAUGUACUUCUUCCUCUCCAACCUGUCCUUGGCUGACACCGGUUUCAUCUCCACCACAGUCCCAAAGAUGCUGGUGAACAUCCAGACACAUAAGAAAUCCAUCACUUAUGUAGGCUGCCUGACACAAGUGUCCCUUUUUUAUCUUUUCAGAUUUCUGGACAGUUUGUUCUUCACUGUGAUGGCUUUUGACAGGUUUGUGGCCAUUUGUCACCCCCUACACUACACGGUCAUCAUGAGUCCCCGCCUCUGUGGCUUGCUCAUUUUGGCAUGCUUUCUCAUCAGUCUUUUGAACUCCCAGUUGCACUGUUUUAUGAUAUCUCAACUUACCUUUUGCAAAGGCAUAGAAAUUGCUAAUUUUUUCUGUGAUCUGCUGCAACUCUUUAGCUUUGCCUGUUCUGACACCUCUACCAGUACCGUAUUAGUAUACUGUAUUGGUGCUGUCCUUGGUGGUGUUCCAGUCUCCGGGAUCCUUUACUCUUAUACUCGAAUCAUUUCCUCCAUUCUGAGAGUCUCAUCUUCAAAUGGGAGGUAUAAAGCCUUUACUACCUGUGGUUCUCACCUGUCAGUUGUUUGCUUAUUUUAUGGAACAGGUAUUGGAGUGUAUCUCAGUUUAGUUGUCUCAUCUUCUGCCAGAAAGGGUACAGUAGCCUCAGUAAUGUACACUGUAGUGAGCCCCAUGCUGAACCCCUUCAUCUACAGUCUGAGAAACAGGGACAUUAAGAGAGCUCUGCAGAGGCUCCUCAGCAGAGCAAUCUAA